GUCAUGGCCUUUGAGGUCAGGCCAGUCAAGUGAGCAUCGAGGCGAAGUGCGGUAUAUAAGAAAGCUAAGAUUUCACAAAAGGUCACUGUAACAUCAGAUCAGCUCCUCAAGAGAAAAGCUUCCAAACUGAGAUGGAUUCACAUGCCGUUAAGUGGAAAUUCUUUGCUGUCAGUGUGCUGCUGCUCACACUGUACGACAGCAACACUGCUGCUGUCAGCAUGAAGGAACACCUGGCUGAUUGUCUGGAGGACAAAGACUACAGUGAGCUGCUGAAGACAUUGGAGAAGGGCCUCCCGCAAAUAAAUAAAUCUCAUCACGUUGUUAUUGUCGGAGCUGGUGCAGCUGGACUGACGGCUGCCAAGUUACUGCAAGAUGCAGGACACAAGGUAACCAUAUUAGAGGCUAGUGGUCGUGUUGGAGGACGGGUGCACACCUACAGGAAUGAGGAGGAGGGCUGGUAUGCUGAGAUGGGAGCCAUGAGGAUCCCAAGUUUUCACUACAUUGUCCGCUGGUUUGCUAAUAAGCUGGGGGUCAAACUGAAUCCAUUCAUCAUGGAAGACAUAAACACCUUUUACCUGGUACAUGGGCUGCGAAAGAAGACGUAUGCAGUGAAAACAAACCCUGACAUCCUGAAGUAUAAACUGCCGAAAAGCGAGAGGGGGAAGUCACCCGACCAGCUUCUACAGCAAGCUUUACAGAAGGUGAAAGAUGAAGUGGAGGCACAUGGCUGCAAAGCUGCUCUACAGAAAUAUGACCACUAUUCUUUGAAGGAGUAUCUGAAAGCAGAAGGUGGUUUGAGUCCAGAAGCGGUGAGGAUGAUUGGCGACUUACUCAAUGAACAGAGUCUCAUGCACCUGGCGCUGACUGAGUUGCUUUAUCUCCAGAGCGACGUUAGCGACAGCACCACGUACGAUGAAGUGACUGGUGGGACAGAUCUCUUGACCACAGCUUUCCUCACUGUCCUGGAUGUCCCCAUCCUCCUCAACUCUAAGGUCAAAGGUAUCAGCCAAUCACAUAGGGGUGUGACUGUAUCAUAUCAGACAGGCAAACAGUCCUCUUUACAGAAUCUUUUAGCUGACGUCGUCUUGGUAACAACCACAGCCAAGGCAGCUCUGUUCAUUGACUUCCAUCCACCUCUCUCCAUGAGAAAGAUGGAGGCCCUGAGGGCAGUCCACUAUGAAAGUUCCACUAAAAUCAUCCUCACCUUCAGCAAGAAGUUCUGGGAGAGUGACGGCAUCCAUGGAGGAAAGAGCAUCACAGAUGGGCCAUCUCGAUUCAUCUACUACCCCAGCCACAGUUUCCCCAAAAAUCAAACCAUUGGGGUCCUACUGGCUUCCUACACCUGGGCUGAUGACUCCCUCCUCUUCAAUGGUGCAAGUGACGAAGAGCUGGCAGAGCUGGUUCUGAGAGACUUGGUGCAGAUCCACGGAGAAAAGGUCAGGUCUUACUACACAGGGGUGCUGGUAAAGAGGUGGAGCCUCGAUCCUUACAGCUUGGGGGCCUUUGUUCUCUUCACGCCCUAUCAACAUUUAGAGUAUGCUAAGGAGCUCUUCAAAAGAGAAGGCAGGAUACACUUUGCCGGUGAACACACAGCCUUUCCUCACGCUUGGAUAGAGACAUCUAUGAAAUCUGCAAUCAGGGCUGCUACAAACAUUAACGAAGCUGCGCACAAAGAGUUAAAUAGAAUUCAACACCAAGACGAGCUCUAGGGUCUUAAAUCCAGCACUUUACCUAGGUGGUUGCAUUGCCUGGCAAAAGAGUGAAAGUCGUUGAUUUGCAUUUUUCACCAGCCAGGUCUAAACUGGAUGGACUUUUGGCAGUGAAUGAUGGCUUGAUGUUGAUAGACAACAGCAUAGUUCGAUGUCAUUCAUUACGCAGCUGCUUUAGAAAUAACUGUCUAACCUCAGUAGGAUGUGCAUCACUAGUGUUCCUCCAAUCUUCAUGUUUAUAUCUUAUUCAUUUCUGUCUGUGUGAUCAAAAAGGUGCUCAAUGACAAACAACUACUGACUUUUCUCUCUGCUCUGAACAUUUUUCAACUGAAGACAAGAAAAAGUUUGAGCUGCCCAAAGAGAAUAUGCACAAAAUGCUUGCUUCUGCUGUCAAAAAUAAAGAGGCUCUCCUGCAUUCUCUGAUCUUUGAAAAUAAAGCUUUGGUAUUGUCAAA